GAAUCCCGAUCCUGUCUAUCGGCCGAGUAUGGAAAGCUAUCCCUCGUGGGUCUCUAAUCACGGAUACACUUUUUGGCGCCAAGCAUUUCCUUCGGGCAUGUUUGAUCGAUGAGCCGUUUUUGAAAUAAACUCUUCGGUACGUGUCAGUAGUGACGACCGGAAGAAGCGUUGCUGAUAUUCAACUGGUGCCUACAUUUAUAAUUAUUCCAAGGCCAUAUGAAGGAUUUAGUUCAUGGAAUAUUUGGUUCGUUUGUUGCGCCUAGAUAGUAGAGAAAACUAAACUUUUCAUUAUCGAAUUCUUAGAGAAAUCGUGUACAACAAGCUUGAAUAAGUAUUCUCCAAAGGAGACGGAAAUGCAUGGCGCUUUAAUACUAUUACUAUGGAAACAAGGUUAUGACGUACGCGUAGUAACCGUUUGCGUACCCUUAACGACAGCACUAACUUUCUCAAUCGCAGUAAACAACCUUGACAACUGUGAAAAAUUCGUACCUUCUUCUAGACUAGAAGGUUGCUAGUUCUGUCUUUACAGUUAAAAAUCGCACAAUUAUAGCUCAUAUUACUUUAAAAUUAGCUUAAAAACAUCAACCACAUCUUCUGAAAGUCAAAAGCUUCAGAUCGUCCUUAACCUCUAAAGACCAAGUGUUCUUGAAGUGCUGAAAUGGAUAUACAAUAUGUCUACCAGAAGGAGCGCCGUGAGUUUGGUAAACAGUGUCUGUUCUCCGAUAAGAAUAAGGUGGAAUUUUCUGAACCGGCCAACCAUGAACUGUUCCGGGAGUACAUUCUGCGUGAUCCCGUAUCGAUUGGUACGCAGUACAGCCGCCAAAUGGCGAUCAGUGAAGCAAACACGGAGAGCGCCGAGUACGAGCAUCACGGUAUUCUACACUCGGAAGGUGGCUGGCCGAAAGAUGUGAACUAUCUGGACCCUGAGCAAACCGUCCGUUACAGACGAAAGGUGGAGAAGGAUGAAAACUACAUCAGCCAACUGAUGGCACUGACCAAACCGAUGGAGCACUGCAUCUUCCAGAACAAUGCGGUCAACAUCUACGAGAAGUAUUUUGACGAUCUCGAACCCGCUCCGUUGAUCGAGCGUAGCAGCUCGCGUACACUGAACGUAUACCGUGAUCCAAGCAUCUACAAGCAGCCAGUAACGCAUCUAUCCUGGUCUCCUGACGGUGGCACCAAAAUUGCCGUCUCACACUGUAACAUGAACUUUGGCGAGGUGCUCGGUAAGGCGGUCUGUUCCUACAUCUGGGAGGUAGAGAAUCCGAAUGCUCCGCUGCUUCGUUUUAAACCCAUCAGUUCCAUGAUCUGUCUCGAAUACAACCAGAAGGACCCGACAACACUGGUGUGCGGAAUGUACAAUGGGCAGGUGGCUGCCUGGGACACACGGAACGAACAGGAACCGGUCAUGAUCAGUGAGCGCGAACACUCACAUCGUGCUCCGGUCAAUUCGGCACUCUGGAUUAAUUCGAAAAGUGGUACCGAGUUUUUCUCCGGUUCGUCCGACAGCCAGGUGAUGUGGUGGGAUACACGCAAGCUAUCACAGCCGAUCGAUAAGCUGCUAAUGGAUCCUAUCAAGGCCGACGAGCAAGAUCUAUCCCGCUCUUAUGGUGUUAGCUGUCUCGAGUAUGAAACUUCCAUACCGACACGCUUCAUGUGCGGCACAGAGCAGGGUAUGCUAUUCUCAUGCAAUCGGAAGGGAAAAUCUCCCCAGGAGAAGAUUGUCUUCCGGAUGCAAUGCCACACCGGACCAAUCUACGCAUUGACGCGCAAUCCGGCAUUCGUGAAGAACUUCCUUACCAUCGGCGAUUGGAUCGCACGGAUUUGGUCGGAGGACUGCCGGGAAAGUUCAAUCGUCUGGACGAAGAAUCACGACGUUAUGCUCACGGAUGGCGCUUGGAGCCCAACACGCUACUCGCUGUUCUUUGUUAGCCGCGUGGACGGUGUGCUAGAUGCGUGGGACCUGCUUCAACAGCAUAGUGAACCAACGCUUAGCAUCAAGGUGUGCGACGAAAGCCUAAAGUGUCUGAGGGCACACGAAUCGGGCCGAUUGGUUGGUACGGGCAGUGUGAAGGGUGCUACGUUUUUGAUUGAAAUGUCCGAAAACAUGACGUCCAUACGGAACGAUAAGCCACUAUUGACGGCGAUGUUGGAGCGUGAAAACCGUCGCGAAAAGAUACUGGAAGCGAAAUCGCGAGAGAUGAAGCUGAAGGUGCGCACCUUGAACCGCCAGGACGAGCAUACAGAGGACAAGCCGAAACUUUUCCAGUGUCGAUCCGCUUGCGAAGCUGCAGAGCAGGAGUACCUGCAGAUGCUGGAUAAGGAACGGAAAUCGCGUCAUCCAGAGGAGUAUGAAGAAGAAUAUGAUCCAAAGAAAGUACGGAAGCCCUACAAACCGGAAAACUACGAAUCGGAUGGAGAAAACGAGUGAAAAGACAGAAACGUGCGCUGCCCUCUUCGUGAAAUGUAAUGUAAAUCAUCUGUUAAGAAUGGAUCAAAUCCAUGCGAAUUAUGUACAGCCUUUAUCACCGUGCAAUGCCUAAAUUUCCCAUAUCAAAUAUUUUACUAAAUCCUUUUUUAACACCCCGUGUGGGACGCAACGGAAGACAAAUCUAAGUAAUCAUAUACUAUCAACGUAUAUAUAGAGCUAACUAAAAACAAAGUGUACCUCUCAA